UCCCUCUCACCUCUCUCUCUCUCUCUCUCUCUCUCUCUCUCUGCCAAUUAACAAAUAGAGAUGGAGAUUAACGAAGACAUAGUUAUAGUUGGAGCUGGAAUUGCAGGCCUCGCCACCGCUUUGGGACUCCACAGGUUGGGAUUGAGGAGCUUGGUGUUGGAAUCGUCGGAUGGUUUGAGAAUUACAGGGUUUGCACUUAUCACAUGGAACAAUGCCUGGAAGGCUCUGGAGGCUUUGGGCAUUGCCGAUUCCAUAAGACGACGUCAUCUUCCCCUUGACGGGUUCGGAGUGUCAUCGGCAGUUACGGGGCUCCCCAUUUCGGAGAAAUCAUUGAGAGGAAGGGGAAGAUGAAAAUUAUGAAACUCAAUGUGUGAUAAGAAAGAUUUUACUUGAAACCUUAAAGGAGGAAUUGCCACAUGGUACAAUCAAGUAUUCUUCUAAGGUUGUUUCUAUUGAAGAAAGAGGAUGUUUCAAAAUUGUGCACCUUGGCGAUGGCUCGAGCAUUAAAACUAAG